CGCCACCUCCCUUCCCUCUCUGCAAAUUUCCAAUCCGCCGCGCCUCCAAAUUUCAGCGUGUCUCCCACCCUCUGCAACUUCUCUUUCUCAUCUUACCUGUAAAAUCUACUCAUUCUCAUUAACCGCAUAUCUUCUUCAAGCAGCACCUCUUCACUCAAAACACUCAAGCCUCCGCCAAUUCAUCUGAAAAAUGAAUGGGAGAUUGCAUCAAUGGGUGUUGAUUCUGGUUUCUUUGAUGAUUUUGCUGAGAAGUGAAAGCUUCUUUGUUGAUAUCACUUAUGUUGAGAGCGUUGUGGCUAAAGGAGCAGUUUGUUUGGAUGGGAGUCCACCUGCAUACCAUUUUGACAAUGGUUUUGGAGCAGGAAUCAACAAUUGGUUGGUUCACAUCGAGGGAGGAGGGUGGUGCAACAAUGAAACGACGUGCCUAGCCCGAAAAAGCACCCGGUUAGGUUCCUCCAAGCAAAUGGCUAAACAGGUGGCCUUCUCUGGGAUUUUCAGCAACAAGCCUCAGUUCAAUCCUGAUUUCUAUAACUGGAAUAGGAUCAAGGUUAGGUAUUGUGAUGGGGCAUCAUUUACUGGUGAUGUAGAAGCAGUUAAUCCAGAUACUGGUUUAUACUACAGAGGAGCAAGGGUCUUUGUUGCUAUUGUUGAGGACCUUUUAGCAAAAGGAAUGAGCCAUGCUCAAAAUGCUAUUCUAUCUGGAUGCUCAGCUGGUGGAUUGACCUCGAUUCUUCACUGCGAUAGAUUCAGAUCUCUUGUUCCCGCAACCACAAAGGUGAAAUGCUUUGCAGACGCGGGCUUCUUCAUCAACACGGAGGAUGUUUCUGGAGCUCAACACAUUGAACAGUUCUACAAUGAUGUUGUCACAACACAUGGAUCAGCGAAGAAUCUGCCUCAGUCUUGCACGUCAAAGAUGAAGCCAGGCCUAUGCUUCUUCCCUCAAAACAUGGUACAAGGAAUUCAAACACCCAUCUUCCUGGUCAAUGCUGCCUAUGAUUCGUGGCAGAUCAAGAACAUCUUGGCGCCCGGUGUGGCCGAUCCACACGGCCUCUGGCACAACUGCAAGACCGAUAUAAACAAGUGCUCUACCACCCAGCUGCAAGUCAUGCAAGAUUUCAGAACGCAGUUUCUGAGCGCGUUGAGCGGAGUAGAAAACUCUGCAUCGAAAGGGUAUUUCAUCAACUCUUGCUACGCUCAUUGCCAGACUGAAAUGCAGGAGACAUGGCUGAAAGCCGACUGCCCCCGUGUUGAAUGGCAAGAACAUAGCAGAAGCUGUCGGAGAUUGGUACUACGACAGAAGCCCGUUUCAAAAGAUCGACUGUCCUUACCCUUGCGACAAGACUUGUCACAACCGCGUUUUUGAAGGAUUAAGGGGUUCUUGAAGGAUACGUAAUUGAAGAUUAAUGAAAGAUAUAUAAUUUGAAGAUAUGCAGAAAGAGUUUCCUAUCAUUCAUCAAGGAUUUGCAAAUAAUGAAAAUUAUAAACCAAGUGCGGAGAAACUGUCUUUUUGUAUGGAGGCGUCAAAUAUUGUUAAAAAACAGUAAUGUAUUUUAUUGUCUGCAAAAGAUUUUAUAUCAUAAAAUGCAUUAAUAAGAUGCCACAAUUUUAUAUAUUUAUAUAAAA